GCGCCGCGACACAGCGGCCCACGCAAGCAGGGCUGCGCCCGGUUGGGGGGCGUACGUUGUUUCGACCGUGGGUCUGGGCCGGCUCGUGGGGCUGGGCUUUAGGCAGAACGGGUUGAAAAGGAAUAUAUUGCAUUUCAGCGCUUCCUGUCCCUUAGCAACUGUGCUAGGCGCUUUGUAUUUCUCAUCUCCAAGUGACCCUCCUCCACUCUCGAGGGUAGUAUUUAGUGUCACGAUGUUUGGGGAUCUGUUUGAAGAAGAUUAUUCCAGUGUGUCAAAUUAUCAGUAUGGAAACGAGAAAAAAUUAAAGACCAAGGUUUUGGAGCCACCGGCUCCUAGAGAAUUCACCAAUUUAAGCGGAAUUAGAAAUCAGGGUGGAACCUGUUACCUCAAUUCCCUUCUUCAGACUCUUCAUUUCACACCCGAAUUCAGAGAAGCCUUAUUUUCCCUUGGCCCAGAAGAGCUUGGUUCAUUCGAGGAUAAGGAUAAACCUGACGCAAAGGUUCGAAUCAUCCCUUUACAGUUACAGCGGAUGUUUGCUCAGCUUCUGCUCUUAGACCAGGAUGCAGCGUCCACCACGGACCUCACUGACAGCUUCGGGUGGACCAGCGAUGAGGAAAUGAGGCAGCAUGAUGUGCAAGAACUGAAUCGAAUUCUCUUUAGUGCUUUGGAAACUUCUUUAGUCGGGACAUCUGGCCAUGACCUCAUCAAUCGUCUGUAUCACGGGACCAUUGUUAACCAGGUUGUUUGUAAAGAAUGUAAGAAUGUCAGUGAAAAUCAGGAAGACUUCUUAGAUCUCACAGUAGCAGUCAAAAACGUAUCAGGUUUGGAAGAUGCACUCUGGAACAUGUAUGUAGAAGAGGAAGUUUUUGACUAUGACAACCUGUACCACUGUGGGACUUGUGACAGGCUGGUUAAAGCAGCCAAGUCGGCCAAAUUACGUAAGCUGCCUCCCUUUCUUACUGUUUCGUUGUUAAGAUUUAAUUUUGAUUUUGUGAAGCACGAACGAUACAAGGAAACUAGCUGUUACACGUUCCCUCUCCGGAUCAAUCUCAAGCCUUUUUGUGAGCAGAGUGAAUUGGAUGACUUGGAGUAUGUUUAUGACCUCUUUUCGGUUAUUAUCCACCAAGGUGGUUGCUAUGGAGGACAUUAUCACGUGUAUAUUAAAGAUGUCGAUCAUUUGGGAAACUGGCAAUUUCAAGAGGAAAAAAGUAAACCAGAUCUCCAGAAUAAAGAGGAGAUUGACGAUGACCCAUUGAUAAUUCUAAAAGCAAUCUUACUACAGGAGGAGAGUAAUCUGAUUCCUGUUGAUCAGCUGGGCCAGAAACUCUUGAAAAAGAUAGGAAUAUCUUGGAACAAGAAGUACAGAAAACAGUAUGGACCACUGCGAAAGUUCUUACAGCUUCAUUCUCAGAUAUUUCUGCUCAGUUCAGAUGAAAGUACAGUUAGUCUCUUGAAGAAUGGUUCUCUCCAGGCUGAGUCCGAUUUUCAAAAGAAGGAUCAACACCUUUUCCAGAUGCAUACUUCAGAAUCCCCAGGAUUAAAUGACAGAAACUCCUGUCCCCACUGGUUUGAUAUAAAUGAUUCCAAAGUCCAACCAAUCAAGGAAAAAGAUAUUGAACAGCAGUUUCAGGGUAAAGAAAGUGCCUACAUGUUGUUUUAUCGGAAAUCCCAGUUGCAGAGACCCCCUGAAGCUCGAGCCAAUCCAAGGUACGGGGUUCCAGGUCAUUUGCUGAAUGAAAUGGAUGCAGCCAACAUUGAACUGCAAAGAAAAAGGGCAGAAUGUGAUUCUGCAAACAAUAGUUUUGAAUUGCAUCUGCACCUGGGCCCUCAUUAUCAUUUCUUCAAUGGGGCUCUGCACCCGACAGUCUCUCAAGCAGAAAGCAUGUGGGAUUUCACCUUUGAUAAAAGAAAAACUUUAGGAGAUCUUCGACAGUCAAUACUGCAGCUGUUAGAAUUUUGGGAAGGAGAUCUGGUGCUUAGUGUGGCAAAGCUUGUUCCUGCAGGACUUCACGUUUAUCGGAUGCUGGAUGGAGAUAACCUGACACUGUGUGAAAUGGAAAUGGAGGAUGGGGAAGACAUCUUUGUAUGGAAUGGGGUGGAGGUUGGUGGCAUCCACAUUCCAACCGGUAGCGACUGUGAGCCUGUGCUCAUAAAUGUUCUUCAUCUCGCAGCAAGCAGCCAGGGGGAAAAGUGUCAGCAGUUGGUAGAGGCCCCACAUGUGUUCCCAUCCAAUGCAGAAGUGCGGGCUGUGCUCACAGCCUUGGCAAUGCCCGUAGCCGUCCUCUUCGUCAGCACCACCGACUCUGUCGGGGAAGAGAACUGGGCCGCCAUUCCCGAGGAAGAUCUGAAGAAGACGUUCAGAGAACGGGGCCUCGGGAACGGGAGCUCGGUUCUCGUUCAGGAGUCUAAAGAUGAUAAGAGUUUGCUGCUCAGACAAGGGAAAUGGUUCACUGGUGCGAGUGAGACCAGCUGGCUCCAAGUUCAAAAUUUAUGCGAGGUGGAGUCUGAGGAGAAGCAAGUUAAAAUAUCAGCAACUGUGAACACAGUGGUGUAUGAGAUUCGAAUUAAAGCCAUAAAGGAAUUAAAAUUAAUGAAGGAACUAGCUGAGAACAGCUGUUUGAGACCUAUUGGUAGAAACGGGAAGCUUCUCUGUCCAGUGCCAGACAGCUACACCGUGAAGGAAGCGGAGCUGAAGAUGGGCAGUUCAUUGGGACUGUGUCCUGGGAAAGCACCAACUCCCUCCCAGCUGUUCCUGUUUUUCACUGUGGGGAGUGAUGUUCAGCCUGGUACAGAGAUGGAGAUCAUCGUAGAAGAAACAACGUCUGCGAGAGAUUGUUUAAAGCUCAUGCUGGAGAAGUCUGGCCUACCAGGAGACACAUGGCAUUUACGGAAAAUGGAUUGGUGCUAUGAAGCGGGAGAGCCUUUAUGUGAAGAAGACGCAUCCCUGAAAGAACUUACGAUAUGUUCUGGAGAUACCUUGCUUUUAAUUGAAGGAAAACUUCCUCUUCCGGGUUUCCUGAAGGUGCCCAUCUGGUGGUACCAGCCUGGGGGUCCCUCCGGUCAUUGGAAGAGUCAUCAGGACCAGGUGGACGGUACCCCUUCUCCAAGUGGGGUCUGGACAGCUACUUCCACCCAAGGCGCUCCAGGUGACCUGUAUGCAGAGGCUUCCCUCCGCCACGUGGGGGACCUCGAGAUCUCAGAAGAGGCCACCUUGCUGGAGCUGAAGUCCCAGGCCAUGACCUUGUCCUCCUCUGAUUUCGUCAUCCCGUCCCCAGCCUUCCUUAGAGCCUGGACCUUGGAAAGUAAGCGCCCCAGCAGGCUUUUACGGACCAACCUGCAGCAACUCAAGGAGUAUAAACUGGGAAGGAAAACGGAGAUCUGUCUAGAGCCCCUUCAGAAGGAAGAAAACUUGGGGCCUCACGACGUGGUGCUGAGAACACAGAUGCGCAUCCCCGGCAAGAGGGCAUACGCCCCGCACGUGGACUUGGUGUGGGACACUGCCUGCGGCUGGACCGCCGGCUCCUUGAGGCAGCGCAUCGCCCACUUCUGCUCUCUUCCCUUGGAGAAAAUUGAAAUCGCCAAGUACUUCCCCGAAAAGUUCGAGUGGCUUCCAGUCUCCAGCUGGAACCAGCAAAUUACCAAGAGGAAGAAGAAGAAAAAGCAAGAUAAUUUGCAGGGAGCACCUUAUUACUUGAAAGAUGGAGACACUGUUGGUAUCAAGAAUCUCCUGGUUGAGGAUGAUGAAGAUUUCAGUACCGUCAGAGAUGACCUGGGAAAAGAGACACAGAAGCAGCUCGCUCUGGGAAAACAGAAAAGCCAAGAAACCCUCCGUGUGCAGAGCAGUGACGUCUUCUCUGGUGUCAAGAUGCCUGCCCGGCCCCGUGCACCAGAAGCGUCUCUUUCCAUCCACGUCGGGAGUUUCAGAUAGUGCGGGCAGCCAGCGACGUCCCCGUGGCCUCCGCACCCCAGCGGUGCCGGUACUGGCGGGUGGUGGGCAUGGGCGCGCUGCUCCCCCCACAGCUCACCGGGUGCGGCCGUGUGCGCACGCGUGUGGUUUUCCGCCUCCUGAGGAUGGGAUUCCAGACCCUCCGUUUAUCACGGGCAGAGGGACGUUCCAUCCCCGGCCAGACAAGUGCGCUUUAUCACGUGGCCGAGCUGCACCCCCACCUGGGGGGCUUGCACAGACCUGGCGGUGUCCCACAGCGGCUGGUCACACGCUGCCCUGGCACCACACCUGACCCCGGCUGCCAUCUGUAUGAGAAAGUUCACCCGUUCCCCGUUAACUGCAGGCACGGAUAAAGCGGCACGUCGCUACCCUCCGACGGGUCCGCCGUCUGAAGCACUCACGUUCUUCUGUCUUCACGGUUCAGACGAGGUUGCCCCCGCGUCCACGAGGAUUCUGACAGCUCAGCUCACGCCGACGGGCUGGCCAGGCUCACGCUGGGACACAAAGGGUGUUUCUGGCCCCCACGCGGAACGUGAUCCCCCCUUUGACCGGAGUUAAAACCGAUUCUAAAGCGUUAGCUCUCUUUCCAGGAUGAGGAAGACAGGGUGGCCUCUCGGGCUCGGUGGACGCUGCUGAAGAGAAGGAAGCCUCGGGUGUGGCCACACCAGUGGCAGCUCGGCAGCCCUGAGGUGCCCUCCGCCCCGUGUCGUCCGUGAUCAGAGCCUUCUUGCUGCUGCUGCUGCGAACGCCGGAGCCUCUGUGUGUCCGGAAGCCUGGCCGCGGCAGACGGGCCUGGCGUGGGCUGAUGGUCCCGAGUGUCCUCAAAACAGAAAACCUAAACCAGGAUUCUGUUCCUUCUAAUUAAGCUUGGCUAAUAAAGACCUCAGCGGUAUCUGUGACAGACCUACAUCUGUCCCCGAGCCCGUUGACCAGGACACUGGGAUGGUGCACGCAGAUUCCAGCUGGGCCGGAGCACGGUUCCCGAGAAGGUAACGUGCUCUCUUACCUCAGAUGAGGCUUUGCGGCAGCUCUCGUCGCGAGGCCAUCGCCUCCCCUCCCCGCCGCUGCCGACACCGCACUCGGUGGCGGGAGGUGGCCGGAGGACAGGUGCGGGCCAGCGUCCCAGCCGCGGCAUGAGCCGUGUGUCCACAGAGCUGGCUGCUUCCGAGCGGCCUGGCCCCGCCCUGCUCCUAGCACGGUCCCAGCCGCCGUGGGAGACCUGGGCCUCCGUGCACGUGUCUGGCGUCGGGCCCCGGGUCGCAUCCCCGUUUGGACUAAAGCGGUGGCGCCGUGAGAAGCCAGACCUGGACCGCAGGCUGCUCUCGGGCCCCAGGGGCUAGAUCUGCCCGAGGGUGUAGACGGGCUCCACGGAUGCACCUUGCGCGGCCACCAACGCUAGACGCGAGGGGGGCCGUGGCUGGAAGCCCACCCCUCGGCGUAGAAGCUGUUCCGUUCACACGAGCUCCGUGGUCGGUCCCUUCGUGGUAAGGUCAUAAAAUGGUGACGUAAUAACUAAAGAGCUUGGCUGUGGAGAAGCCCGAGCCCUCGCCAGACGGUGCCUUCGUGGGCCCGCGGUGAGCCUGCCUGCCUUCUGUCCAUCCAUCCACAUGUGGGUGGAGUGGGGCCCCGGGGGGGCUGUGAGACCCUGUUCAAUAAACCAUUCUUCACUGUCGUCUCCACAUCUGAUGUGCACCUGUUGUUUCCUGCCCCAGCCGCUUUUGUUCCCAAACCCACUUCAGAGGCUAAAUAAACGUUUAUAUUUAGAAA